AUGCGGGCGCAGACAAUCCCAGCUCUAAAAGAGCUCGUGGACUCAUGCGUAGUUGAAAAUUACCCCUAUUCCAAGUCAUUCGAGGAUGCUCGCCAUGAUGAGUGCCUAGUACUUCACACGGCCGGCUCCACGGGCCUCCCAAAGCCCAUCGUGUGGAAGAAUGGGAUGCUCAGUACAUACGAGGAAUGGCACCUGGCAACCUCGGUCAACGGUUACAUGCCGACAACAGAAAUAUACCAACAAGCUACCUCCGCGUAUACGUCUAUGCCACUAUUCCACACCAGUGACAUCAACGCGGCCAUGGGCAGAGUUGACGAAUUGUCUCUACCAUCAGCGCCUUUACCUCACAAAGCCGGGAAUAUCAUAACAAAGUACUCGCGCGUCAUAGGGAACUUAGGCGCGACCGAGACGGCAAACUUGCUCAGGCUGGUUCUUGCGCCCGAAGACUGGGAGUACUUCUAUUGGCACUUUACUCACUCGGGCAUCGAGCUCAGACCAGACCCUGAUAGUGACUCAGGAUUACACGAGCCGUUCAUCGUGUGCGGCGGGGCUGACCUCGAGCCUUUCCAAGUCGGAUUCUACGCCUUCCCCGACGUCAACGAAGGGUCUAUGAACGACCUGUACGACCGCCAUCCUACCAAGCCGUUCUUAUGGCGUUACCGCGGGCGCAAAGACGACGUCAUCGUCCUCAGCAACGGCGAGAAGAUCACUCCGCCGCUGAUAGAAACGGUGCUCGCGAGCUGUCCAUACGUCCGCGGCGCCAUGGUCGCCGAACAGAGACGGUUCCAGCCUAUGACACUUAUAGAGUUACAAGAAGGUGUAGCGCCUCCUACUACUACCCACGAGCGAGAGGAUAUCCUAGAAAUCCUAGGCCCGUUCAUCGAGGCUGCGAAUAGACAUGCCCCUGCCCAUGCACAACUCGAUCGACAUCACAUUCUAUUCGCUGAUCCCCAUAGACCGAUCCAGUACCUCGGACAAGGCAAGAUCCAACGACGACGCAUGUAUCAGGUCUACGAAGAAGAUAUAGCAACCGCACACAGCACCGCCGAAGACGCCGUCGCCACGAAGACGACACCGCCGGAACUCGAAUCCGGGAGUCAUGCCGAAACAGUAGUCUGGCUGCGCCGGUUUCUAGCAGAGAUAUCUCUCGUGGCCCCUCGGGCCGUCGGACGAUUUCUUCCGCGCGGGCCUCGACUCGCUGCAGGUGGUGAGGCUCACGCGCGAGAUCCCGGGGGUUUCGGCAACGGAUAUAUACCAGCAUCACACACUAGACUCGCUAGCAGACUCAUCAACUCGUCUGUUCACUUGGGAUGUUUUCCUAAGUCGUUUCCCUCGCGUGAUCACAUCGACUGGUUACCCGUGGAUAAGGCAGCUCGUGUCUCAAUAGAGAUCCUAGAGUCGGCGUCCUCAUCGAUAGCAAAUUUGGGCAACGAUACGCUGCCGGUAUUCCACGUUGCUAAUCCAUACGCCAUAUCGUGGAGUAAAAUCGUGCCGUGGGUGGCCAAUGUUCUGAGGCUUCGACCAGUGUCUCGACCAGUGUCCUUUGAAGAAUGGUUGAGUAAGCUCAAAAGUUGCCGUGCGCCACUAGAAGACAUCGACAAGAACCCGGCUAUCAAGCCUGUAGAUUUCUACCGCACGGCUGGCAGGGCUCAUGCUCCUAGGCGAAUGAUGACGUGGAGGGCUGCCCAAGUUAGUAAAACGCUUCGCGAGGUUGGUCCGGUCAACGGGCAAUGGGUGGAUAUGUGGCUGAAUCAAAUGGGGUAUGAUUUGAAGUCAGGCAAUGGAUAUAUGUGUUGCCACGGUAUGCGCGUGAUAGUCGUACAAAACCUAGAACAUAUUAUUACGCCUAGUGGCAGAACACAUAUUGUUAGUCACAUAGCCUCUUCACCUGCGAAUAAAUGUGAUCCAAUGACACUCCAUGGCCCGUAAAUAAGAGAUAACAGAUUGUAGCGGCUACAAAGUUGGUGUGGUUAUAAAGCCACUAAUUUCACUGUUCGAGGCUGAUGACUAUCAUCUGUCUGCCUCACUGCAAUGAAGAUCGGCUCGUGGUGAAAUAUCCAUCACAUGCUCAUAAGAGCAGAGGGGCAGGAGAUGGAGAUUAGGACUAGGCACUUUUGUACGUCUUAUGUUGUGGUAUUUAUUCGGCAGGGGAAACGCCUACACCCAAUCAAACAACCGCCAGAAUCGCGUCGUGAGUAA